GGCAAUAAUAAAACAAUUGGCACGUACAAAGUUUGUAUCGGAAAAUGACGUUAUUAUGAUAGAUUUGAAUAUAGAUGGACUGCCAAUAUCAAAAAGCAGUAAAAGUCAAAUUUGGCCAAUAUUAGGCAAAAUUUAUGGUGACAAGGCAUUUACACCAUUUGUAAUUAGUGCUUAUCAUGGGUAUUCAAAACCGUCUUCUCUACAGAAUUUUUUAACACCUUUUUGCCAAGAAUUUAAUAUUCUGCAGAAUACAGGACUUAUUUUCGAUGAGAAAAGAUACACUAUAAAAAUUAGAAGUGUAAUUUGCGAUAGUCCUGCCAGAGCAUUCGUAACUUGCACAAAAGCACACAACGGAUUUUUUGGAUGUGGAAAGUGUAUGCAAGAAGGUACCUAUUCUAAUCAUCAUAUGUUAUUCUUGGAAUCCACUGCACCUCUUCGAACUGAUCUAAAUUUUAACAAUAGAGUACAAGAAGAUCACCAUACUGGUGUAUCUCCCUUUGAAUCAAUAAAAUUGGGAAUGAUUUCACAAUUCCCUUUAGAUUACAUGCACCUAGUAUGUCUAGGAGUCGUGAAGAAAUUGUUGCAACUGUGGACAAAUGGAUAUCUAACAUCAAGAUUAAAUGGACGAAAAAUAGCAGAUUUAUCGGAAAAGUUAAUUGCAAUGUCGAAAUGGACACCGAAAGAGUUUGCUCGAAAAUCUCGUUCUCUAGAAGAACUAUCUCGUUGGAAGGCAACAGAAUUUCGGCAAUUUUUAUUGUAUCUUGGACCAGUCGUACUGCUAAAUAUUUUGUCAGAAGUUAAUUUACGACACUUUAAUGCAUUAAAUUGUGCAAUACGGAUAUUGUGUCAUCCAACGGAUAUUGUGUCAUCCAACGGAUUGCCGUAAUAACAAAUAUAGUAGAGAUUUACUGAUACAGUUUGUAAAAGUAUUUCAGCAG